AUGGACAACUUUUACGCCGACUGUGACGGUGUGACGACGCCGGACGGGCUCUACUUUGACCCGGACAAUGCCAUCGAGGGAGAAUGGUCGGACAAGGUCAAGGCACAGAUCAAGAUCGCCACGGAGAGAUGCGGCUGUGACGCCGCCAACCGAUUGGCCCCACUGCGUGGCAUGGCAGGUUUUGGGAUGCCUCUGUCAUCGGUUGGGCUUGUGCUGAUGACGUCCCUCGUCACCUGGUCGACAGCUUUUUUUUUGCUAAGGCCGUCGUAUGAUCAUCCAUAG